AUGCAGGCAUGCGAUGAUGCGUUAAGCGAUGACGGUCAUGCCAACCCUCUUUCUCUUACCACAAUGCCAGCAAAUAUGAAGGCGAGGCUGCAUCUCCUUAUCGUUUGGUUCCAAGAUGAUCUCAAGCUAGUGUUUCUUGGUCUCACAUUUGUUUUUAGUCCUGUUGAGCCUAUUCAAGAUAUCACUUAUCUCAUUUUAGUUGCUCCUUAUUGA